AUGGGCAUAGCCCUUGGCCACCGCGUGAACGAUCCUACUGAGGGGAUACCGAUUUGCUUUGGAGUGCUGCAGAGUUACAUGCGCAAAGGAUUAAACCCCUUUCUUACCGAUUUAAGUGCCGAUUUUGGUUCUGAUCUUUCAGUGUACCUUGUGUCUUCGUCAUUCUUUGCAGCCUUUAUUCAUUUAUUGUUGCCUGCUUGUAUCUCCGGCUAG